AUGCAGUCUGUUUUCAGCGAUGGUGGCAUAUUCGUGUGGAACAACUGGGCUCCUCCUAAGGCUAAUUACCUAGGUUGGAGAGCGGGGUUAGGAAGAGUGGCGGACAAAGUUUCGUUGAGGAAAAAAGGUAUUUUUGUUUUCGAUAUGAAUUGCAACAGAUGUGGGCUGGCGGAGGAGUCUUGUAAUCACAUUUUCGCUCGUUGUAUUUGGGCGAGAAGUGUGUGGUGGAAUGUUUUCCAUUGGCUCAAAAUCCCCGUCCUUUGCGAUGCAAAUGACGUGGCCGAGAUUCUCAAACAUGUGCAAACGCAAGUGGACUCCAAGAAGUGGAAGAAGGUAGUACAUCUUGUCGCUUUGGGAUGUAUUUGGAGGAUUUGGCUAGCUAGAAACGAUAAGGAGUACAACGGGAAGAUGAUCCCAGUUCAUAGGCUUGUGGAGACAAUUAAAGAGGAGAGCUUCGGUUAG